AUGCUUAAAUAUGGAUGUACUAGACUUGAAAUAGGAGUACAAAGCGUUUAUGAAGAUGUGGCAAGAGACACUAAUCGUGGUCAUACGGUCAAAGCCGUAAUUGAAACUUUUCAAUUAGCAAAGGAUACAGGGUUUAAAGUGGUGUCACAUAUGAUGCCUGAUUUGCCAAAUGUUGGCAUGGAACGAGAUCUGGAACAAUUUAAGGAAUAUUUUGAAAAUCCAGCGUUUCGUACUGAUGGACUGAAAAUAUAUCCGACAUUAGUAAUUCGUGGAACUGGUUUAUAUGAAUUGUGGAGAACAGGUAGAUAUAAAAAUUAUACGCCAAAUGCACUAAUUGAUUUAGUAGCCAGAAUAUUGGCUAUGGUACCCCCAUGGACUAGAAUUUACCGCGUUCAGAGGGACAUUCCAAUGCCAUUAGUUACUUCUGGUGUAGAACAUGGUAAUCUCAGGGAGUUAGCUUUAAACAGAAUGAAGGAUUUAGGUAUUAAGUGCAGAGAUGUAAGAACUCGCGAAGUCGGUAUACAAGAUAUUCAUAAUAAGAUUAAACCAGAGGAGGUUGAACUAAUUCGAAGAGAUUACGUAGCUAAUGGCGGUUGGGAAACUUUUCUUUCCUAUGAAGAUCCAAAACAAGAUAUCCUUAUUGGCCUACUUCGCUUACGUAAAUGCACCACGCCAAACUCCACGCCAUUUAGUUCAUUUCGACCUGAGCUUGUUGAAUAUCCAACUAGUAUUAUUAGAGAAUUGCAUGUAUACGGAAGCGUAGUGCCAAUGCAUAAUAGAGACCCCACGAAGUUUCAACAUCAAGGAUAUGGUACAUUGUUAAUGGAGGAAGCGGAGCGAAUUGCAUUGGAAGAGCAUGGUAGUGAGAAGAUUGCGGUUAUUAGUGGAGUUGGAGUGAGAGGAUAUUAUGAAAAAUUAGGAUAUAAACUGGAUG